AUGGAAGAGGUUUCCCUCGGUGUUCUUCCGAUUGCUGCUGAGUUCGAUAUUGAGACCGAUAGCGAGGAUGAGACCGUUUCGGAGCACCGCUCCAUUGAUAAGAACUCUAUCAUUCACCCCACUCCAUUUGCUAAUCCUCCAGCAUCACCCGGGGGCAGCAAUGAUUAUAGCUCAUGGGUUAAGCUACAAGUAGAAAGUUUUCCGGGGCGGCUGUAUAACGGGCCGACAGGCUCUACUUACCUGGAGCUGAAUAUGUCGGGGACAGUCCCUGAUGACCAGGAGCAGAAAUUCGAACAAGAUGCGGACUCACCGGGUUUGCCCACCUUUUUCCAGGAUGAGACGGCUAUGAGAGAAUACCAACAAGAUGCGGACUCACCGGGUUUGCCCACCUUUUUCCAGGAUGAGACGGCUAUGAGAGAAUACCAACAAGAUACGAACGAACCGCCUUUGCCCGUUCUCUUCCACGAUGAAAUGGCUAUGGGAGAAUAUCAACGUUCCUUUUCCGAGGCCGAAGAAAGAAUAUAUCGAGCAGGUUCAACCUGUGCCACCCAAGACACAGAUUCCAGGUCUGGCGAGUAUCGAUGUUCAAUGUGUCAGCAAUUCUUCACACUGCAGGAAGACCACGAUCGCCAUUUCGAAUCCGAACACAUCUCCAGCCAGGCGGUUUACACAUGCAGUGAAGCUCAGCAGCAAUUGAAGAAGGUUGAGGAGGACGAGGAGAAGAAUAAGGAUGAGAAGGACCAGACAGACAACAUAUAA